AUGGAGAAUGAGGUUGGCAAAUCAGUGGACAAUCAAAUGGACAAAUACAUAGUUACAAUAAUGGGGAAGUCAGAAAGUCAAAUGGAUAUUGUGGAAAAAUCAACCAAAUCUGGGAAGAAAUCCUGGAGCUUUGUGGCAAUCGGUCUGGCUGUCCUGCUGCUCCUCAUGACCUGUGCAGUGGUCGCCCUGGUGAUCCUGUAUGCCAGCAGCAGAGGCUCUCACUAUGGCACCAAUUCGGGCAACACCUGCACCACAUCUGGAUGUGUUACAGCAGCUGCUCGAAUAAUUCAGAACAUGGACCCAAGAGCUGACCCUUGCAAGGAUUUCUACCAGUAUGCCUGUGGGGGCUGGCUGAACAGACACGUUAUCCCAGAAACCAGCUCCAGAUACAGCAUUUUUGACAUCCUGAGAGACGAGCUGGAGAUCAUCCUAAAAGGUGUGCUGGAGACUUCAGAUCAAGGGGACAGAGAAGCAUUUCAGAAAGCUAAAAUACUCUACAAGUCAUGCAUGAAUGAGAGUCUUAUAGAGCAACGAGAUUCAUUGCCUCUGCUAGAGGCCUUAACGACGGUUGGAGACUGGCCAGUGGCUUCUGCAGACUGGAAUAAGACCAAAGAGCCAAACUGGAGCAUGGAAGAGCAGCUCUCCACACUGAACUCCAGGUUUAACAAACGUGUCCUCAUUGACCUGUUUGUGUGGAACGAUGACCGGGACUCCAGCAGGCACAUCAUCUAUAUUGACCAGCCAAGUUUAGGAAUGCCAUCCAGGGAUUACUACUUCAAUGGGGGCAACUAUCAAAGAGUGAGGGAAGCUUACCUGCAGUUCAUGGUCACCAUUGCCAAAAUGAUCCGGGAAGACAAGAAUGUGCCUAAAGAUGAUUCCUUUGUCCAAGAGGAGAUGGCAAAGGUUAUGGAGCUUGAAACAGAGAUUGCCAACGCAACUACUCCAGCAGAAGAAAGACAUGAUGUAACCUUGUUGUACAACAAAAUGACCUUAAAAGAGCUACAGGAAGAGUUUGCACUGAAUGAGUUUAACUGGACCUUCUUCAUCCAAGGUGUCAUGUCUUCAGUAAACGUCCAGGUUGACCCAGAGGAAGAGGUUGUUGUAUAUGGCAUACCCUAUCUGCAAGAGCUGAAAGCAAUCAUCUCCAAGUACUCAGCAAGCACCAUCCAGAACUACCUCAUCUGGCGACUGGUGCUCGAUCGCGUCAGCAGCCUGAGUCGGCGUUUCAAGGACGCUCGGGCCAGCUACAGGAAGGCUCUGUACGGGACCACGCUGGAGGACGCGCGCUGGCGGGAGUGCGUGAGCUACGUCAACAGCAACAUGGAGAGUGCUGUGGGGGCCAUGUACGUCAGGGAGGCCUUCGCUGGCCAGAGCAAGCAGCUGGUCCGAGAUUUAAUAGACAAGAUUCGUGCAGUGUUCAUCGAGACCUUGGAUGAGCUACAGUGGAUGGACGAGGCAUCUAAAGAGAAAGCCCGUGAGAAGGCAAUGGCAAUUAAGGAGCAGAUCGGCUACCCAGAUUAUGUUUUGGAAGAUCAGAAUGAAAAACUGGAUCAGGAAUAUGCCAAUUUAAACUUCAGUGAAUACAGUUACUUUGAAAAUAUUCUGGAAAACCUUAGAGCUGGAGCCCAAAAGAGCUUGAAAAAACUUCGAGAGAGAGUGGACCAAGACAUAUGGAUAAUUGGAGCUGCAGUGGUCAAUGCCUUCUACUCCCCCAACCGGAACCAGAUAGUUUUUCCUGCUGGCAUUCUGCAGCCCCCCUUCUUCAGCAAACACCAGCCCCAAGCCCUCAACUUCGGCGGCAUCGGGAUGGUUAUUGGGCAUGAAAUUACUCACGGGUUCGACGACAACGGCAGGAACUUUGAUAAGGAUGGAAACAUGUUUGACUGGUGGAGCAAUUACUCUGCUAUGCACUUUGAGGAGCAGUCUCGUUGCAUGGUUCAUCAGUACGGGAACUACACGUGGGAGCUGGCGGGAGGACAGAACGUCAGUGGAAUAAGCACUUUAGGAGAGAAUAUUGCAGAUAAUGGAGGAGUCCGACAGGCUUACAAGGCCUACCUAAAAUGGCUUGAACAAGAAGGGAAGGAGCCAAAGUUGCCUGGCCUGAAUCUGUCCCACAAACAGCUUUUCUUCCUCAACUUUGCCCAGGUCUGGUGUGGUUCCUACAGACCAGAAUAUGCCAGCCAGUCAAUAAAGACAGAUGUUCACAGCCCUCUGAAAUACAGGGUGAUGGGAUCUUUGCAGAACUUUGAAGCAUUCUCAGAGGUGUUCCACUGUAAAAAAGGCACAGCCAUGCACCCUGCAGAGAAGUGCAGAGUGUGGUAA